AUGAUUGAAAGAAUAGCUUCUUAUUGCAUUUAUACAAAUACUCCAGAUCUGUGUGAUAUUAAUUCUCACAAGGUAGAGUUUCAUUCAGUACAGGAUAACUACCUAAAUUUUUCAAAUUCAGUAGAAUGCUAUGUAGAUUUUGCUGAUGAUGUCCCUUCAGAUGAUUUUAAUAUCUACGAUCAUAUAUAUUUCGGACCUCAAACUAGUUCUAUUUAUUUUCGCGGAUUGGGAUCAAUGAAAUAUAUCUCAAGGUUUAAAUACAAUGCUCCAAAAUUCGGGAUACAGAUUACAUUUGAUAACGUAAAAUACUAUUUUAUCGAAUCUAUAGCUGUACCAACAGAAUUAUUUAUCAUUAAUUCGCAAGUUUUAGGCGAUUCGAAUCUUGUUCAGGGGUAUGAACUAAAUUUUGAUAUAUUUUCAUGGAAAUAUAUAAACAGCAUACAAUCACAAAAGCUUAACCUCUUCUUUAAAGGUCAAGAUAUUAAAAAUUUGAACAAGAAUAUCAAAAUAACAAAAAUUUAUCAAUCUUUUAACCUUUUUCUAUCAGAUUUUAAUUAUGAUUACGAUGUCGAAUACAUUGGCCACUUGGUUGUCAUAAAAUCCCCUCAAAAUAAUUUUUCAAUUACGACGCGUUCCCACACGGAUUCAUUAAUAAUCAACAUUAAUUCAACUACAAACAUAAAUGCUACCUUUUCCAAUAAAUUCCUUUCCAAUACAAUCAAGUCCUCCCAAGUUUCAAUUUUUGCCAAAGAAAAACUGAAUUUUACAUUUCUGCCAUCAUUUUGGAUACCAGAAGCCAACGUAAAUGUGCAAAUUGUAACAACCGAAACUGCUGACAUACAUAACUUCUGCAAAUACGUACCAAUGCGACUCAUCAACAAUGCUUUAGUCAAAAUUAAUUUUUAUUCACACGUCAAAGCAGCCAAAAUAAGUGGAAUAAUCUUGGAUAAGAUAGAUUUCAACAUAUUCGAUCCCGAUUCACUUGUGGAAAGUGUAGAAUUUCAUAAUUUAGAAGUUAUAAAUUCUUCGAUUUCUUGCAACAAAAAGAACAUUUUAAUCCAUAUUUCGGACCUUUUAAUGGAUCACAUUCUCAAUAACAUAUGGUUUAAUGGUUCUGCAACAUUUGUAUUAUCAGGAACUAUCGCAAUAAACCAUGGAGAUGUUUAUUUAACUAAUGUUUUAGUUUCAGAUUUUACUAACUUCACAAUAAUUUAUUCUUCAAAGAAGUAUGGACAAUUUGAAGCUGAUUCAAUUAAAGGAUACAGUAAUGAUAAUUUCCUGGCAACUAUAUUUGUUAUAGAAGAAACAACAACUCUUAAUAUUGCCCAUAUUUAUCCGAUUGUUUCAAAAAAUGAACUCAAUGUUGCGAAUUUUGAUUUGAAUUUUUUGAAUCCGGAGAACUAUUUACUUUUUAAGCUUUUCAGCAUUACUGACAAGAGGAAUAUGCACAAGAUAAAGAUAAGUAACGACCCAAUAUCAUGUGGAAACCUUUGUUUGAUCAGCGAGGGCGUUGAUCCAUUUUCUUGUCCGUCAACAACAACAGAAAUCAUCAGAACAUGCAAUCCUUAUUCAACUUACAUCAGAUCCAUACAUUAUAUGACAGAUAAGAGCAUAUUGAACUAUAGUUCUAUAUCAUUGAUGCCAUAUACAAGUCUUUCUGCAUCAAUCGAAUCAAAAAUUUCAUUUCCAUUUGACAAAUUUGAAAAUAUAAAAGUGACAGAUAUAAACCUUUUAAUUAAUUCAGAGAAGAUCAAAUUCAAGGGAGCAAUUAUUACUAAUUCAUCAAUUCAAGGUCCUAAAAUUCUUGAAGGCAAGAAAUUGGAAAUAGACUAUAAGUCAUUGAAAGGAAUUACUUGCUUAAAUGUAACAGAAAUUCAUAUUAAAAAUGGAGAUCCAAAAACAAUUUAUUUCAAAGAUAAUGAAGUAAACUUUGGAUCUAUCACAAUCCCUAUAACAAAAGAAUCAAGAAUAUCAUGGACAACAGAAAAUGAUAUAUCCACAUCAAUUGUUAUUGAUGGAAGUUCCUUUGAAAAGUUCGAUUUUAGCGGAAAUCAAAGUAAUUUUAACAAAAUUUUCCUUGAUGUUAAAAAGAAAACAAAUCCUAUAAACUUUUAUUAUCAUGGAGAAUUAACAGUUCAUAAUGAAGAGAUUCCUUUAUUCGUCAACGCAAAGAAUGUUUAUUUUAUGCUCGAAAAGAUCUCUCGACUACAAGUUCCAUAUAUAAGUUCAGAUGGAACAAUAAAAUUAAAUUGUGUCAAUUGCCAAAUAAAUGCAGACAAAUUAGUCAUUGAAAAAACCGGAACAGCUGUUGCUCCAAGAGGAUUCUUCGCUACAGAUGACUUACAUUUAAAGACAAACGGAUUAACUCAAGAAAUUGGAACGAUUUAUCCGAAGAAGAACAUCAAUAUCGAUAAAAACGCUCUAUCUUAUGUAGAUUUCCAGUCGUUUUCAGAAAAUUUGACCAUCAAUGUUAACUUCACUUUAUCAUCUGUUCCUUACAUAUUAGUUAGGGACUCAUUCCCGAAGAACAUCUCUUUUGUUAUGUCCCAUAUUGGAGAAGGACAAGAAUUGAAGUACCAAAAUGAUUGGAAUAAUGUCCAAGUUGAUGUUGUUUGCGGAGAGAAAAUAAACUGCUCGAACUGGAAUGCAAGCUGGGUAUCAUCGACAUGGGCAUUCAAUGGUACAGACAGAUUAUUUGAUAUGAAAUGUGGGAAAGGUUUAUAUGAUGAUAACUUGAUGUGUUAUUCUAUUGUAAAUAGAAUUGAAACUCCUAUUCCACAGAAAAAGAGUAAGACAAAGAUGAUUAUAUUUAUAGUUACAGGUGUAGUAGUAGGGUUAACUCUUAUAAUUGCACUUACUAUUUUCAUUUAUAAUAGAUCCAUUAAGAAGAAACGAAUUAUGUACUUUAUUACAUCUGAUACAUUGCAUACUCCUUUGACUAGUAUGGAUGUCAUGGAUUGA